ACUAAUAUCAAGCGGAGCAAUUAUGUUUCCAAGGACAAGUGUCUCAUUCUCACUUGCUGAUCAUGGCAAUGGAUUUGGAAGCAAAGGCUCAGAACCGGGACAAUUGUUGCCCCACAUUUCACUAUGUCUCCGAGCAGCAUAAUAAUACAGGACUGCUUGCGCAUUUGUAACAGCACUUGCUCGUUAGAUAUAAAUGGGACAGCAUCUCCCAGAACUGGCAUCUUGUCAUAGAUCCCACUGUUGUUCAAUCCUUCCUGCACCUGAAGCCUGAUACCUUGGUAUUACAUCCUUCCAAACCCAACCUUCUCACUGGCGAAGACGCCUGCCCUGUCCUGUUCUUCCAUACCGUGGUAAAUUUACAAAACUCAAAAUGCUCAAACUCCCCAAACUCAUCUACGCCAACAAGUUCUGCCUCUCCCCUCUCCCACCGCCAGGAACAUUCACCAACCACACCGUUCUGGUCACAGGAGGCACAUCUGGUCUUGGUCUGGCAACCGCAGUGCACUUCCUCAACCUGGGCGCCGCCAAAGUGACCAUCACAGGCCGAACACUUGCCAAGGGCGAAGAGGCCAAGAAGUCCAUAGAGACACAAGUUCACGUGCAAGAUGCCGGUGAGGUUGAGGUGAGGGUUCUGGAUAUGAGCACGUUUGUUGGUAUUAAGGAGUUUGCAGAUAAGGUAAAGGAGGAGGUGAAGAGUGUGGAUUACGUCUUGUUGAACGCAGGACUUCUAGCGACGAGUUUCAGAACAGGGAAGGAGGGGUACGAGGAGAGUAUUGCAGUAAACUGUCUGGGUACUGCAUUGCUGGCCAUCUUGUUGUUACCCUGGGUGAAGGUUGCUGGAAGGGGGAAUGGACAUCUUGGUGUAGUAACGAGUGGCUUACAUAGAGGUAUCGAUAUCUCCCCCGGGAAAUGGCCGCAGAAAGACUUUUUCACGUACUUCAGCCGAGAAGAGAAUUGGCCCAAAGGAUCUCCGAACAUGUACUCAAUUAGUAAACUGCUAAUCCAAUACUGCGUGAACGAAAUUGCGAAGCUGGCCGUUGAUAAAGACGGAACAGUCCAAACGGUCGUCAACCCUAUGUGUCCUGGCAUGGUCAAGAGCUCGCUGGGACGGGAACAUAUCACCAGCGCCAUUAUGGGUGUGGCCGUUGACAUUUUCAUGGCGGGUGCAAUGAAAAGUACAGAAGGUGGUGCGAGGAGACUCGUUGUCCCUGCCUUAACGACGAAAGAGGAGAAUGGAAAAUAUAUUUCGGAUUCUCAGUCGCAUGAGGAGUAUCUCGUAGCGGUACAGAAGAACAUCCUUGGUCCUGAAGGACAGAAGAUGCAGAAACAAGUGUGGGAGGAAGCACUCGAAAUCUUGGAGCAAAAGGUGCCUGAAGUCAGGGAAAUUGUAAAAUCUGGAGCUGUGUAA